CCCUAGCCGACGGCACUACCGGGAAAGCCCCUAUAUAAACCCCCCAAGAAGAGUUUCUCGAUACCAACCCGCGAGCUUGCCGUGAUCUUCGUUGCCCUAGCUCUCCCUUUCUUCCGAAGUCACUCCGGCAUCAUGGGCAAAGAGAAGGUUCACAUCAACAUUGUGGUCAUUGGCCAUGUCGACUCUGGCAAGUCAACUACCACUGGUCAUCUCAUCUAUAAGUUGGGUGGUAUCGAUAAGCGUGUGAUAGAAAGGUUUGAGAAGGAAGCAGCUGAGAUGAACAAGAGGUCUUUCAAGUAUGCUUGGGUUCUUGACAAGCUGAAGGCAGAGCGUGAACGUGGUAUCACCAUUGAUAUUGCUUUGUGGAAAUUUGAGACCACAAAGUACUACUGCACUGUUAUUGAUGCUCCUGGUCAUCGUGAUUUCAUCAAGAACAUGAUUACUGGAACUUCUCAAGCUGACUGUGCUGUCCUUAUCAUUGAUUCAACUACUGGUGGUUUUGAAGCUGGUAUUUCAAAGGAUGGUCAGACUCGGGAGCAUGCCUUGCUUGCGUUCACCCUUGGGGUCAAGCAGAUGAUUUGUUGUUGCAACAAGAUGGAUGCCACCACUCCUAAAUACUCUAAAGCCAGGUAUGAUGAAAUUGUUAAGGAAGUCUCUUCUUAUCUGAAGAAGGUGGGUUACAACCCAGAGAAGAUUGCAUUCGUCCCCAUUUCUGGUUUUGAGGGUGACAACAUGAUCGAGCGAUCUACCAACCUGGAUUGGUACAAGGGUCCUACCCUUCUUGAGGCUUUGGAUAUGAUUCAGGAGCCCAAGAGGCCUUCAGACAAGCCUCUCCGCCUCCCGCUUCAGGAUGUAUACAAGAUUGGUGGUAUCGGUACUGUGCCGGUGGGCCGUGUUGAAACUGGUCUCCUCAAGCCUGGUAUGGUUGUGACCUUUGGUCCCACUGGCCUGACAACUGAAGUCAAGUCUGUUGAAAUGCAUCAUGAGUCUCUCGUGGAAGCCCUCCCCGGUGACAAUGUUGGUUUCAAUGUGAAGAAUGUUGCUGUCAAGGAUCUCAAGCGUGGCUUCGUGGCAUCAAACUCCAAGGAUGAUCCGGCCAAGGAGGCUGCCAACUUCACUUCUCAGGUUAUCAUCAUGAACCAUCCUGGCCAGAUCGGCAAUGGAUAUGCACCAGUUCUUGACUGCCACACUUCCCACAUUGCUGUCAAGUUUGCUGAAAUCCUCACCAAGAUUGACAGGCGGUCUGGUAAAGAACUUGAGAAGGAGCCCAAAUUUUUGAAGAAUGGAGAUGCUGGUCUUGUGAAGAUGGUUCCGACCAAGCCCAUGGUGGUGGAGACUUUCUCUGAGUACCCACCUCUUGGUCGUUUUGCUGUGAGGGAUAUGCGCCAGACUGUUGCUGUGGGUGUCAUCAAGAAUGUUGAGAAGAAGGAUCCUUCUGGAGCCAAAGUUACCAAAUCUGCAGCAAAGAAGAAAUGACGGAACAGCACUUUUGCAGCCUUUUUAGCUAAAAAAGGCGAUCAAAAUUUAGUAGUUGAAAGCACUUUGGUUUGCAAUGCUUUAUUUGUUAGGGUUUUGUCAACUCCAUUGAUGACUGGUAUCUGGUUGCAAAACUGGGUGCUAGAUAGACGGUGGCGGAGCUUGUCAAUUGGUCCUCGUUUUUCUCUCUUAUGUGUUUCUUAAAACUCUAUUUUCUGUCGCAGGUUGUCUGGUUGAGUCUACUUGAGCUGCAGAGGGUUUUACUUCUGUUGCGCCUCGGUACCUUGUUUGGUCAUUAUUUAUAAACUAUGAAUGGAUUUUCUUAUCUUUGGGUUGAAUCCAGUUUGUUCAAUAUGGAAUUGGACGCUGAUACUAUUUA